UUUCCAAAUAAGGAGAACAGCGCAUUUUGAGUCAACGCUAUUUUCUGUUUGAGUAGUUCUGAAAAGAUGGAAAUAACGUUGUUCAUUCUUUUAUAAUUUAUCAUUAUUGUAAAUUUAGUUCUGAGUAUAUUUUGUGAGCAAUAUAAACUCUUGCAAACAUUUUCUGCAAUAAUAUUAACCAAUCAGUGAAGUGAGGCCGAAGUUAUUCACUGCGAAAGUUGCAUUUCCUUGUGAGGAGGGUCCAUCAUCAAGAAUUAACUAAGCUUUGUUCAGAUUAUCGACGUAGAAGGGCUUCGAAAUGUCUUCUGGAGUGACUGUGGCUGACGAAUGUUGCGAAAAGUGGGAGAAGAUAAAGAUUGGCCACAAGUAUAGCUACAUAAUCUUCAAGAUAGCUGACAACCUUAAAUCCAUUGUUGUUGACUGUGUAGGCAACCCAGGAGAAUCAUAUGACAGUCUUGUGCAGAAGUUAAUUGAGGCUGGGGAGAAGGGCGAAGGCCGAUAUGCUGUUGUGGACUGCCAGUAUGAAAAGACCAAGGCCAGCAAACUAGUCUUCAUAAUGUGGUUACCUGACGAUAAAUUAGGAAUCAAACAGAAGAUGUUGUACUCUUCAUCCAAGAAAGUUAUCAAGGAUAAACUCAACGGCAUUGCAAAGGAACUUCAGUGUAACGAUACUGAUGACCUGUCAUGGUCCAACCUUGUGGAAAAAUGUUGCAGCAAAUAUGACUGAGUGAUUCCAUUUAUGAUGCUUGACAAUAAAAUGUUUUGUUCAGCCUGUUUUAUGAUUGAAAAAAAUAUAAGGGAUUAUAAUAUUAUCAAGUGUUUAAUUUGCUCAUGAUUGGGUUAGAAAUUCAUAUUCAUUGGCCAUACCAAAUUUACUUUAUGUUUAGCAUCAGAUUUCUGUGUCUGAACCUACCUUCCAAGCAGGGAAAAGCAAAGAAACAGUGAAGGAAAUAUCAUAAAUACAUCUUUGAGAAACAUAUAUAGGCAGAGCAAUCUGGCAAUCUUAAACAUGACCUGAAAAUCUAUAUACAUCCACUUUUGUAUAUCCUAACCACAGAUCAGUGUUUUUGGGUUGCGAUAUUCUUUUAGAAUUGUUUCAUUGAAAUAUUAUCUUGGUAUAAGCUUUUUUCUUGAUUUUUGAGAACUUGUUUUAUUUCGGUUUUCAAAGACCUCAAUCCAAUCUACUAGAUGAGGCUAAACAUAGAAUCAAUUUUGCAUGGCCUUCAUGAUGGCUUUAUGUUCAUGUGUAUAUUCUCUUCUGCUUUUAGUUAUACCUUGUAGCAGUAAUUUAGUGCUUGAAAAAAUACGAGUCCGAUUUGCUGUUAAAAGAUGACAAUUGUGGUAUUUUUUGGUCCAAUAGCUGUUGGUGACCUGCAUUUAUAAUUUUUCUAGACAAAAAUCAGUUCUGGUGGCAUUCAUUAGGUUAAGUCUUAAGAUUCAGUAUGUUUAAUUUGUAAAUCUUUGUUGUUUUGUUUGUUGAGAAACAUGUAUCAAUCAUGUAUAUUUGAAUCUUCUGCUAUUAAAUUCUUUUAUUUGUUAUAUACCUCAGUAUUUAAAGAUAAUUUCAAAUGAAUACAUGUAUGAACAAGACUUAAUUUUUACAUGUAUAAGGUUUGUGUUUCGGAAGAAUGUAGCAUCUUCAUCAGAUCCAUGUUUUGAACAGUAGUCUAUUUUUGUAAGACAUGCUGUGAUAAAACUGGAAGUUGUAUUGGUUAAAAAAUUGGGUUGUAAAAAGAAUUGAUAUUUGUUAGUAAUAUACUUGGUCCUGUAUGGAAGAAGUGGCUGCUCUUGUUCAUUCGAUAAUUUUUGUAUGCCGAAACAGACUGCUAUAAUAUUGAUUAUGGAUUAACAUGGUGCAUGUUUAUUUUUUAGUAAAACGCAAGUUUCUUUGUAAAAAGGUUGCAAAGUCUUUCAUUAAGUUGUAAAUUGAAUCAUGUUUAACCAAUAACCCCUUUUUAAUAGUAGACCAUUUUUGUCUUUGUGAUUUUGCAAAAAAGUUAAAAAAAAGUUUGAACAAAUAACAUAAGAAAUAACUCUAGUAGACAUACCAAUUAUGGGUAGGAGUCAUAUAUAGAAUAUAAGAAACUGAACUUUUCUUGCAAGGUCUUAACUGUAAAUAAUAUGAAUGAGUUUUAAAAUCAAAUUACACCAAUAAAAAUGUGGAAAUCAUACACAAGAUGCUAUAUUUGAAAACAAAUGACUUGUAAUGCCAUUAUACAUGUUUAUAUGCAACACUAAAUUGCAAUGCUUUAUAAAAAAAUCAUGGUAGUUAACACUUUAGAAAUGCAAUAAACAAUUAAAAUAUC